AGAUUAGUAGGAGGAAUUCAGGACACUACUAGUUUAGUACGUACAAAAUCCCCAGCAAACUUCAAGAUUUGCCUUCAAUCUUCAGCAACAAUCAAUCAAUCUGCACGGCUACCCCGUGUUACACCAUUUCUCGCUCCCUCUCUCUCUCUCCUCCAUUUUUAUCUCAAUCAGUCCACAUUGUCAACUCCAUUCUCUCUCCUCUUUCCCAGCAAUGGUGAAACUAUCUAUAAUUCUCUACAUUAUCAUAGGAAUCUCUCUCCUCCUCUUCCUCUCCCGUUCUCCAACCCGUGACGACUCACACGGCCACCCUGACACCCACCGCAAUCACCGCCGUACCAACCAUCGUCGUCUCAAACUCCGGUCAAACUUCACCUUCACAUCGCAAGACCACCUUGAACACCCUGACCCACACUUCGAAUUCCGCCACCAUCACCAUGACCCAGUUGCGUUCGAUCCGGUGGUUGCGGAGAUGGAGCGCCACCGCGAGGACAAGGAGUGGGAGCGGAUGUACUUCGAGGAGCACCACCAGGAGAUCGCCGGACUUUCCCGGCACGGGGAGGAGAGAGAGAGUGAUCAUCAUCAACACGGCCGUGUCGAAGAACAUCACGCUCCAGGGUAUGAGCAGCAGCCGGAGUGGGAGGAUUUCAUGGAUGCUGAAGAGUAUUUGAAUGAUGAAGAGAGAUUUAAUGUGACUAGUAGAUUGUUGGUGUUGUUUCCGAAGAUUGAUGUGGACCCCAUUGAUGGGUUUGCCUCGGAAAAUGAGCUGACUGAGUGGAAUUUGCGACAGGCUGAGACGGAGGUUUAUCAUAGGACUCAAAGGGAGAUGGAGUUACAUGAUAAGAAUCGUGAUGGGUUUGUUUCGUUUUCUGAGUAUGAGUCUCCUAGUUGGGUUAAAUCUGCAGAUAAUAAUACCUUUGGAUACGAAAUGGGUUGGUGGAGAGAGGAUCACUUCAAUGCUUCUGACAUAAAUGGAGAUGGUCUUUUAAAUAUUACAGAGUUCAAGGACUUCUUGCAUCCUGCUGAUACAAAGAACCCAAAGUUACUCCAGUGGCUGUGCAAAGAGGAAAUACGGGAAAGGGACACAGAUAAAGAUGGCAAGGUCAACUUCAGCGAAUUUUUCCAUGGGCUUUUUGAUUUGGUGAGAAACUACGAAGAAGAUGGGCAUGUGCACAAUUCUACUCAUCAUUUAGAUGAUUCUACUGAAACUCCUGCUUCUAGGAAAUUGUUUAACGAGCUUGACAAAGAUGGUGAUGGAUCAUUGUCAGACCCAGAGUUGUUACCUAUAAUUGAUAAGCUUCAUCCUUCAGAACGCUACUAUGCCAAACAACAGGCAGAUUACAUCAUAUCUCAGGCUGAUACAGAUAAAGAUGGACGGCUUUCACUGGAAGAGAUGAUUGAUAAUCCAUAUGUUUUCUAUAGUACUAUUUUCAGUGAUGAAGACGAUUAUGACUACCACGACGAGCUUCGUUAAUUUUACAAUAGAUUAUGGAUCUCAUGCUGUUUUCAGAACUUCCUCGGAGUUAGAUGACAUCAAGAAUUUGACUUUGAAGCGAUGACAUUAGUUUUUGCACCUAGUUUAGCUACAUACUGUUUUUCCAUGUAUGUUUACUAGUAAUCUGGUAUGUUAAUACCUGUACGAUAGCCUCUUAUUAAAGGGUCAUAUAGUUGAAAUACAUGAAUAGAGAAGGUAGGUGAUUUGGGGGGGGGGGGGGGGUAUGGAGACAGUGGCCUUGGUUGGCAAUUGGAUGUUGGCUAAUUUGAUAGAUUGUUUGUAAUGGCUUAUUUGUUUGAUGUCUUGACUUUUUAUUUGUUACUGGUACAAAAAUUAUUGGGUCAAAUCAGUUUUUAGAUGUUUUUAUGCCCUCCAAUUCAAAUCAAGUGCAACACUUUUCUUUA